AGGUGGAAACGCAGGGUCAAUGGAGCCAUUCACAUCCCUCUGCCUCGCCUUGGCCUUCUUGCUGCCUGCGGUGACCGGGCAGGGCGGAUGCCUCGUAGCACGCGAGAUCGGUCCGUGCACCUGCGAGGGCAGGGAUCCGAAAAUGUGGUCUCAUGAGCCCGACUUGGAUUGUUCGAAAGCCAGGACGAGUGAGGAGAUCUCGUCGGCUUUCGGGAACUCUUGGCCGAGCACUCUCUUCUGGGAAUUCAGGCUGCGAGACAACGAAGACGUGCGAGAGCUCCCCGAGGGAGCCUUCGGGAGCGCCUCAUUCCAAUCCAUACGAAUCAGGAACACCAAAUUAGAAGCCGUCCAUCCGGCGGCCAUCCUCCCGUCGAAGGACCGACUCCUGGUGCUGGACAUCCAAAACAGCCGCCUGAAGGAGUUUCCAUUCGAGAUCCUCCCUUACCUCCACCGUCUCCUGACGCUCAACCUCAGGGGAAACUCCCUGACCGCCCUCCCGGCCCUUCAGAGCAUCAGCCUCCGAGUGAUCUCCCUCCCGUCCAACAGCAUCGCGAGCGUCGAGGAAGACGGAUGGAACACUCCCAACUUGAGGGUGCUUGACGUUGCUAUGAAUCCCUCUUUGGAAGUCUCCUCCGGAUUGCUGAAGAAGAUGGAGAGGCUGGAGCGCUUUUGGUGCCCAAGGUGCAAGACAGGACCCCCCAGAUCGACCGAAUUGCAGAAAUUCAACCCCGAGAUCUUCAACGCCGUGGGUCUCAGCGCGGACAAAAUCAGGAGAAUACUGCAGGACGCCAUCUCAGGUGGAGUGGCGUCGACUGCUUAUCCAGAAUGCCGGUUGACAGAGAAAGGAAGAGAAUACGUCGGGACCGAAAGCAAGACAGAGACAGGGAAAAAGUGCCUGAGAUGGGACAGCAAGCCAUACGGAAAACCAAAGGAUUUUUCUCCCAUAGAGGACUACGAAGGACACUUCCCAAACCGGGAUUCCUGGUCGCACGAGAACUUCUGCCGGAACCCGUCCGGGAAGGAGCGGCCCUGGUGCUUCGUCUCCGACCGGAAGAUCAAGUGGGAAUACUGCGACAUCCCCAUGUGCGACGACAGGGACCCUCCGAAGUGCAAGGUGACCCAGCAGGGCGGCGAAUACACCGGGAGGAAGAACGUGACCCUCUCCGGCCUCCCGUGCCAGCCUUGGGCCGGCUCGGCGCCCCACGCGCAGCUGGAGCUUCUCCUCCACCGCCAGGCCUUCGCGGAUGCGGAAAAAAUCAACCGCGAGCACAAUUUCUGCCGCAAUCCGGACGGGAAAGUCGCUCCGUGGUGCUUCAAUGCAAAUGGUGACGAUCCUUCCUGGGAAUUUUGUGACAUUCCUUUCUGCGACAUCCAGCCGUCGGAUCGACACCAGCAACCGUCCGAAGCAGCAGAGCACCACGUGUAUCCGGAAUGCCGACUGUCAGAAAGGGGAAAGGAAUAUGUGGGAACGGCGAGCAAGACGGAAACUGGAAGGCCUUGCCUCCGAUGGGACUCCAAGCCGUACGGCAUGCCCUGGGAUUUCUUCCACAAGGGAUAUCCUUACGAGAAGCAUUUCCUCGGAGCAAGUGCAACGCCCCACGGGAAUCACUGCCGGAACCCGGGGCUCCACAGGCGACGGCCUUGGUGCUUCGUCUCGGAUCCUCACGUCAAGUGGGAAUACUGCGACAUCCCCUUGUGCGACGACAAAAGUUGGUCAUUCUUGCGUCAAGAUUUUCAUGCAAUAUUUUGGUCAUUUUCAGUUCGUCGCCUCAAGCCACUGGAAUGUAAAGAUACCGAAUCUGGCGGAGAAUACGUGGGGACGCUGAACGUGACACUAUCGGGAACGCCCUGUCAACGUUGGCUGACCCCCAAGCCCAACAAGCACGACAUGUGGAAUUUCUUGUCGCAGUUCUCAGACGAGCUUGACGGGCCUCACAAUUUCUGUCGCAACGUGGACGAGGGCUACGGCCCUUGGUGCUACACCGUCGCCGGGGUACGAUGGGAGUAUUGCGACGUCCCAUUUUGCUCCGUCCCCGAGGGCAAGCAAUGUAUUCGCGUUGCUGGGAAAUGCGUGGACCCACUGGAAUGCAAAAAAACAAAAAUGGGGAAGGAGUACACCGGAACUUUGAAUACGACAGUCUCAGGUUAUCCUUGUCAGCCGUGGAUGAGCCUAUACCCCAACUGGCAUGAAAUGGGCUAUCGUUCAAAAGGCCACUUUCCGGACGAGUUAUACCCUGCCCAUAACUUCUGCCGUAACCCGGACUCGACCGACGAAGGGCCUUGGUGCUACAACGGCAGCGGAAAGGAACCCAAGAGGGAACUCUGCGAUGUUCCCAUGUGUUGAGGCUCCAGUCGCUUGAAGCCACUUCUUGGAUGACCGAGUUCUGCUCCACCCGGCUCAGCUUGUGUUGAACGUCACUUAUUCGCCGCAACUAUGGGAUGUCCGCAUCUACAUCCCAGCCCGAAUGUCCGGCAGUCCUCGACAUUUUUCGCCUUUGCGCUUUGCUUUCCUUGUCCACUUGUUGAUGGGUUCUCGCCGCUGCCUUGGGAAUUUUCUCACGCUUAUUAAAUCUGUCUGGGAAAUGUGUACUUUAUAGGUGGACUAUCAUUUCGAGAUGUCACACACUAUUUCACGUUGACGGAUAACAAAAAUAGUUAUUCCGCGCCAAAAAUGCUGCGCAAUCGUCAUUGCAAACAAUCUAUAAUUCAUAUUUGGAAGGACACUGUAAUAUUUGAAUUCACGAAGGAAGUACUUUUGCGCAUGAUAUUUGAACUGAGAUCC